AUGUCUUAAGACUUAAAGAAAUAUUAAGUCUAUGAAGAAGAUUAGAUAUAAAUGAGUAUUAAUGAAUAAUCCAAUCAAAUCGAACAGACUAAGAAAAAAUUAUUUACAAAAUUUGAAAAUGAUAAUUAGAAUGAUUUAAACUGUACAGUUUAAAAAUUUUAAGCAACUUAAUAAUAAAAAAGCCUAAAUAUACCUUAAAAAUAAAGGAAUUCAUCUUAUCAGGGAAUAAAUGACGAUUUCUAUGACAAACUUCUAAAUAAUAAGUAAACAGUGUAAUUUGAUAAUCAUGUUGAAAAAUUAUAAAAAAGUCAAUAGUUCAGAAGAAGUAAUUAAUAUAAAUCGCUUAGCAAUAGAUAUACAAGCUCAGAAGGUGGUUAUAAAUAUGAUUAGAUGAGAUAAGCAAAUCUUUUGGAAGAUAAUCAAAUUGAUUCAAUUAAUAAAUAUGAAUAUUACGAUUCAAAAUAUGAAGAAUUUGGAAAUGCAUAAACUAAUGUCUUAUAAUAUUAUCAAAGGCAAAAAUUGAAUGAAGUGUACAGAAAGCGGUAGGAUUAAUUGUCCUGUUCAUUUUAUUCUAAAAACUCUAAAAAACUCCUCAUUAAAACAAAUUAAACUAUCUACUAAGGAUAAAUCAAAGAGGAAUAGGAUCACAAUGAUUCAAGUGACACGAAUCAAUCAAGAAUCUCUAAGAAUAUUUCUGAAUCAGAUUAAAAAGACCAACAAUUUAAAUAUGAGGACAUAUAGAGUAUAAGGAUAUCAAAAAUGUCUGACCUUAGUGAUUAAAUAAAGAACGACUUAUAUUUAGAAGAUGGUUAAGGGACUGAAAAUAGUUUGGGAUCUGAUUUUCACUAUUUUGAUAGCAAUAAAAGUUCCCUUAAUCAAACUCCAUAAAGGAAAUCCCUUAGAGAUAUAAAAUUCAAUAAAAGUUAAGUUCCUAGUCUCAAGAUUUAAUAAUAAGAAAAUGAAACAUAUUUUUCAUAGGCAUCAAGUCCCUAGCAAAAAAAUCAAGAUAAUAAUUAAUUGAAAAAAUAACUAUUAACAAUUUCGAUUGAAGGUUCAGGUUCAGGUUUCUAAUCUAAUUUAAUAUCACCUAUAGUAGGCUAUCAUGAUAAUGGAUUACAUAAAAAUACGAUGUCCUUUGGAAGAUAAUAGGGGUGCAACAGUUAUUAAAAAUCCUUAAAAAAGAAUAUCCCUUAUUGCAUCAGUCCUUUUGACUGUAAUACUCCAAUUAAUGAAGAAUCUAAAAUUUUUAAUGAUCUUAUAAAAUGGGAUUUUGCAAAAAACAAAUAAAUUGAAAAAGAGUAGGCUAGGAUAAGAGACUUAAAAACCUAAUCUGUGAAGAAGUAGUAGAACUAUGAGUAUGAAAAAAAAAUUAAGGAGCUUGAACAAGAGCUAAAAUUGAAAGAAGAACAAAUUGAAUAACUAGAAAAAAUUUAAUACUAUAACCAAAGAAUAAGUCUAAUUCCAAAUGAAGAUGAUUGGAAUUCUGAUUUUCAUAAUAUAAGGGAAUUUAUUGAUGAUUAUAAAAGCAAUUUAUAUUAAUUGAUAUCUAAUAAGAAUUCAAAUAUAUCUUUUAUUAAUUUGAUGAAGAUAACUUCAAUUAAUUCAGUAGCAAUAAUUCAACUUAGACAAAUUAAUAAACAUCUGAAGAAUAACCCAAUUCGCAAAAUUAUAAGUAUUUAGAAACAUUAAAUUUUAUCACCUAUUUUCGAAAAUAUAAUACUCUUACAAUAAAAAUCUUUAGCAUUUGGAUUUGAAUUUGGUCAUGCUGUCCCAGAACUCUUUUAAAAACUAUUUUCCCUUAGUAAAAGAGAGAAAUUUAGAAAUAGAUUACUUGAUAUGAAUGAAUGUGUAAAAUAUGAAAUACAAGAGUUAAAUAAUUUUUUAAAGAAUCAGAAUAAAAACUAAAGUAUAAAUGAAUUGAAAGAGACACUUGAAUCAGAAAUUAUCAUAUAAAAAUACAUUUAAUAAACAAUUUACAAUAUAUCUAAUCUAUUCAAAGAAAGAAUAUUGUAAAUACAGGAAGGACACAAACAAAUGUAAGAGUAAUUAAAAAAAAAUACUCUAUGUAAUUGA